AAUCUCAAAGAUUUCAUGUACAACUUAGAAAACUUAAUUUUUUGAAUUCUAUACAAAAAGAAAAUACAUUUAAAAGUUUAGAAAAUAUUGUUUUAAUAAUACCUAUUUCAGCAGAAGAGGCAGUAUCUCAAAAAAAUGAAAAUAAUAUGACAAAAGAACAACUUGUAACUAUAAUUAAUUCACUUUUAGUUUCACUUCUUGAAAUACAAAAAUUCAAGUAUACUAGUUUAAAUAAUUAA